UUUUUAGAUGAUUCCUUAUGGAGAUAGACCACUUAUUCAAUAAUAACAGCUAAAAGGGAUAAAAGAAUAUGUUCAAAAGUAGAUCAAAACAUAUAUGUCUCCAUCUCCAACAAUAUUGGCUUUUAUAACAGACAAUGCACAACAAGGUAGCAUUAUUCUAUGAUUGAAAGGAAACGAUGAUAGUUGAUUGAAUUUUCAUAUGUUCAUAUUUGAUUAAAAUGUUGGUUGUUUAUGAAAUAAUCAAUUUUAUAUAUCCUUUUGAGGUUGAUUAGUUUGGUAAUGAUAUUACAAUUAAAUUACCUAAUUCCCAUAUGUUUAUGACUAAUUUCCUUUGCUCAUAGUAUCCAUGAUUGGUAUAUAUAAUGAUGCUCCCCCAAAUGAUUUCCAUAUGAUUAUGACUAAUUUCAUUGGCACGUUGCAUCCAUGAUUGAUAUACACAUGAUGUUCCGCCGAACCCGUGCAACGCACGGGCAGCCAUCUAGUAUUUUAUAAAAGAAAGAAGCUAGGGUUGUGCAAGUGGUCAUUGAUCCGUUCUAUUCUCUGAACCGCCAAUCGAUGUGGAUGAUGCCUCGCGCCGCCGCCGCUUCUCUAAUUGGAGACCACCAUGAUGAUUCCGUUCCAAUUUCACAAGAUGAUGAUGUUUCUGUUGACGACAAUAAGAAUGAUUCUGCUACUCCUCAACCACCGCCAAAGAAACCGAGAGUUAAAGAACAACCAAUUGACGACGAUAAGAAUGAAUUGGAAGUUGGCAAAUUGGAAGUUGGCAACAGUUCUGAUCCAGAUGCCGCGGCUAGAGUAGCUUUCCAACGCUGGUGCCGAUAUAUUCGACCAGAAGGACGACCAGAUGGAUACAGUAACGAUGAGGAGAAAGAAAGGGGUUUCCAAAAUUUCAAGACAUAUUGGCUUCAUAAGGAGGACGAGCAUAACUGCCCCCUUUUGAAUCGACGUCGUCUAGCUAAUUUGUUCUACUUAGCUGAUUUAAGCCCUGAAGAAUUCCAGAGUCAUCCAAACUAUUCCUACCCAGCUUCUUAUUGUCACAUAUCCAAUGAACUACUCGAUGAAUUUGACGAAAUCGCUAGUGGGCAUGAUGAUUUUUUCGAACAUGGCGUGUAUGACUGAUGAUUUUUUUCGAUCUUCCCGAACCAUCUAUGGAGCACCUUUUACUUUGUUGGUUGGUUAGAACUCUUGUGUUGUGUUGUGUUGUGUUGUGUUGAAUGGAAUGUGGACUUGUCGAAUUUGAUUCAUUCAUACUUUUCUGUAAUAUUAAUUUUAUGUGCCUUAAUUAUAACUUACCAAUUGUUGCUGGAA